AUGCCGCGCAAGAAGCCGAGGUUUCAUUCACUCAAGAAGCUCAAUGUUCGCCAGAAUUGGUCGCGCUGGUCUCUAUACGCCCUUUCCCAGCUCAAGGCACCCAAUGUUACCACACGCACAUAUUUCCAGCAAAAAUGGACGGCAAAGGCGUCGACACGAGCGUACCACGGCGAGCACAUACGAGAGAAGAAGUGGAAGCACAUGUUCAAGCGAAAUCUCCCCGCCGUAGUGCCCAUGGACCACCAAUAUCUCGCUCGCCACGAUGGUUCUGAGCAGGCGGCGGGACGAGGCAUGGGCGCUGAUGUGAAUGACAAGACGAAGACGCCCCCGAUGACGCCAUACAUGCAAAUGGCCUACUAUCCGCUGGAGCGGCGGCUAGAUACUGCCAUUUUCAGGGCUCUAUUCGCAAGCAGUGUGCGGCAGGCCAGGCAGUUUGUCGUCCAUGGCCUGGUCAAGGUCAAUGGCAAGAAGAUGGUAUACCCAGGCUACGCACUCAACCCAGGCGACAUGUUCCAAGUCGAGCCCUCAUCCGUCAUGUUUGCAACCGGAGCGCCCAAGACCCGCUCAUCGACCGCCCGCCGCGUGACCAAGGAGAAAGCCGCUGCCCGCGCCCAAGAACGCGAGCAGAGCGGUGGCCAAACCCCCAAGCAAUCAAACGACGCCGACCUAGUCAUCUCGCAAUCCUCGCGCGAAGAACCGACUCCCACAGAACUCAAGAAGCAGCUGCAGGACCUGAUGGAGCAAGUCGAUGGCGUCCUCGCCGAAGACGUCAAAGCAAAAGACAAGCAACAAUUCCGUGCCCUCCGCUCAAGUAUACGGAAAGCCAUUAGCCUAUGGCGCUCCGCAAACCCAGAAACAAUCUCAACCCUCGACGCCCAAUUCGACUUCCUCAAGACGCAAAUCGCCGAACGCAACGCCGCCAUGUCUUCCACGUCCUCGUCCAAAGACUCGGCUGCAGAACCCCUCAUUUCCGAGGAAGACCAAGCGCGCCUUCGAUCUGCGUUUGAGAAGCUAAGGCUGGAAACUGAACAUACUUCAGCGUGGAACAAACGAGAUGCCCAGGCACCGUAUGCGACGCCCUGGCGGCCAAGGGAUUACAUGAGCGCUUUUGCAUUUAUCCCCCGCUACCUCGAAGUCAAUCAAAACAUCUGUGCAGCUGUGUACCUGAGGCAUCCUGUCGCGAGACCCGGACUGGCAGAGGUUCCGACACCGUUCCAUAUCGAGACGGGCCAGUUGGCAUUCAACUGGUACCUGCGCAACCGCUAG